AUGGCCACCGAAACCUGCACCGCGGUUUCAGAACUCAAUCCUCCUUCUCCGAUGAUGAUUAGCGAACUCGGAGACGAUCUCCUCAUAGAAGUUCUGAUUCGCAGCUUCCCGGAUCCCAGAUCCGCGUGCCGGAGCAAAGCCGUCUGCAAGUACUGGAGAUCCCUGAUUUCUGAUCCCUGCUUCAGACGCCGCUUCCUCUGCCACCACCAGAGCAAGAGCAAAGCACCUCCUCCGAUGCUUCUUCUCUCACCCGCCAGCCUCCUGACCUUUCUCCCCAUGCCCGCCAUCCCUCCAGAGCAUUUCGCAGUUUUGGAUUGCUUCAAGGACUUGCUUCUAUGUGGGUUCUGGGAAGUAGUUUACCGCCGCACUAAUCCCCAGCUCGCCAGAUCAUACUUGCUCUGCAAUCCGUUUACGGAGCAAUGGAUCGCCCUUCCUCUGGCCCCUGAAAGGCCAGUCGGGUUUAGUUUCUAA